AUGAACAAUUCGUCGGUUUCCUUGAGUAAAUCUUCGCAAGCACAACUAUCAAGCGUUGAAGCAGCCUUCUGGGGGACAUCUUAUGGUGUUGUGUCCAUCUUGAUUAUUCUGACAAACACAGUGGCCUUAGCGGUCUUUGUAAAAACCAGACCUCGUCGUAAAAACACGCACUACUUUCUCAUGAACUUGUCUAUUGCUGACCUUCUAGUUGGUGCCAUCUCAGUUCCGCUAUUUGUCGUUUGCCUGGUGGAUCUCGAGACGUGGGGACAGAGUUUAGCACUGCGGAUAGUACAUUCAACGUUUGACAUACUUUCUGGGCUGUCUUCUGUAUUCACAUUGGCAAUCGUCUCUGUAGAAAGACUUGUGGCGGUGUCUAUUCCUUACAAGUUUCGAAUGAUUCCCAGGAAGGCUUAUUUCAUCUGCAUCGCAGCCACUUGGUUCCUUUCCGGAUGUGUGGCAUCCAUUGGUAUCGCCUUUUACUUUCGGGUAGUUAAAGAAAGUUUCUACACUGUGGUCAUUUUGUCUCUGUCACUUCCUUUGUCCGUUGUAAGCUUUGCUUAUGUAACCAUAGUGUAUAAAAUUAAUCAGAAAAAUAACAGUGCUAAAAACUGCAAGAACAUGACCGUUGAACGCCGACUAAGCAUCACUUUGCUAUGCGUAACUGCCAUUUUCGUUCUCUCCUGGCUUCCGUUUCAGCUCAUCUUUAUUUUAGUACAUUUUUGCAAAACAUGUACUUUUCCCGCAAACAUGGUGUACUUUAUUAAGUUUUUACACUAUAGUAACUCGUUUAUGAACGCUGCAGUGUACACCUUUAGGAUUCCAGAAUUCAAAGAAGCAUUGGCAGAACUGUUUAGUCGAAAGUUAUCACAGAAUGAGGGUCAGCCCGUUCUGUUACAAGAUUUCACCUGUGACAGCACUACUUCUGUUACGCGGGUAACUCAUAGUUUGGUGAAUUCGAAUGGCACUAUGCUGAUUUCCCCUGAUUUAAGUCCAAAAGUCAGUGGUCGCAUGUUGAAAGGGCGGUUCGUCUGA